AUGGCUACACCGGUUCAAAUCAAGGAAACAUCCCCUAAUUACGCCGGCAAUUCUUCCCUUGAUCAUCCUGACCAGUAUGAAUAUGGGGAAUGCAGUGUUACGAUUGGAAAUAACAGUAUGAAUACAACGUCGUAUGCGUGUUCGUCUUGGUCGUAUGAUCAGACUGUGUUCAUUUCUACGUACGUUUCUGAGUAUAACCUGGUGUGUGAUACUGAGCUAACCUCCGCGUACAUACAGGUCAUCAUACACUCAGGGUCAAUGACGGGGUCGUUUCUGCAAGGAUUUGUUACUGACAGAUUCGGUAGGAAAUUGGUGUUAUGUGGAAGCACUGUCUUUGCUAUGCUGGUUGGUAUCAGUUCCGAGUUCUCUCCAAAUAUCUACGUGUUUACACUACUUAGAUUCACCCAGUCUCUGUGUUCUUCGUGCUUAUACUCGACCACAUUCAUCUUAGGUUUAGAGCUUGUUGGACCAUCCAAGCGUCGCUGGGCUGGGAUUCUGAUUAAUUUCUUCUAUUCAGCUGGGUUGAUCUUGUUAUCAGGAAUUGGAUAUGGAUUCCGUGAUUGGAAAUAUAUUCAAAUUGCAUGCUCUGCCCCACUGACACUAUUUAUCGUUUACUGGUGGAUCAUUCCCGAAUCACCACGUUGGCUGAUCAGUCAGGGUAGAUAUGACGAAGCCUAUUCCAUAAUCCGUACAAUAGCUAAAUAUAAUAACAGUGAAGACAAGCUGAGUCUCUACUGA